AUGUACAAAGAAGAAAAUUAGAAAAUGUAACAAAGCGAAGGUGAUGAGAUAUUUAUUCACAUUUAAAAUAAUGCUGACUAAUAUAAAAUUUAAUAAACAGAUGAUAGAAGUUAGAACUAAAUAAUGAUACCUAAUCAAGCAAUCGAGCCUAAACAAAAUAAGUUAGCACCAUUCACUUUGGAAUAAAUUAAAUUAGUUUCAUCAACUCAAGAAAGUGGAGACGGUCAUAUUAAAUCUGUUAGAGUUUAAUGUCCAUAAUGUAAGAAAAAGGUAAAUUAAACCAGUAAUUUAGGUUGAUACUAUUGUUGUGCGCAAACCUGGAGCAUAAACUUAUGUAGCUUCUUGUUUACUUUUGUUAUGUUCAUUUGGUUUAGUUUGUGUUUCUUGUCUUCCUUGCAUUAUUGAUGACUGUAAGGAUGUAUAACACUCAUGCCCAGAUUGUAAUAUUUCACUUGGAAAAACUAAAUUUAAAAUUUUGGAUUGA